UUAUUCCUCUGUGUUCUGUGCCCCCUCCAUUUCUGCAUCAGUCAUUCAUGGGCUGAACCCUACCAUGGCUCGACGAACCCACACGACGGAGCUGGGCUGCAUAGCCUGCGACGAUCUCAGCGAUGUCGGCGCAGGCAAGGAAGGCUGGCUUGUCGAAAACCCUAACCUUCUCACCGCACUCGACGACAACUUUCUCGUCCUAGCCAACCGAUAUGUGGUCCUCGUCCUCGAAAGGUCCGACAAUCCUCACCCUGCUACUUCUCGGGUCAAGAUCCGGCCCAACAUGUCCCCAAUCGAGGCCGAGUAUAUCUCUGCCAUUGAGUGGUUGGUCUUCGAUGAUAUUCGAGUUCUUGCGCUCGGGACCUCUUGUGGUUAUUUGUUGAUUUACUCUCUUGGAGGCGAUCUCAUUCACAAACAGAUUGUAAAUACUGGACGUAUUCUUAAGUUGAGAGUUCGUGGAAGUAAGAGAGAUAUAACACAAGAAACAUCAUCGGAGGAAGUUUGUAUUGUGAUGCCUGGUGUAAUUGCUCGCUUUGAUGGAGCUGACAUUCAGAGUAUGCUGCAGAGAUGGUUUCAAGAAAAACACACAAAUUUUUGGGAUCAGACAACAAAGAAGAGAGAUCCAGGGGAUUCUGGAAAUUUUUUUGGAAGGCUUCCUUAUCAGCUCUGGAAUGUCAGCAAGUAUGGGGCAUGUGCUGAUGCAGCAAUCACUGGUGUCAUGCCCCCUCCACUGAUGGAACUCCAGUCAAGUCAACGUUACUAUUGUGCAGUCACUGUUGGAGAUGAUGCUGUUAUUUCAGCAUUUAGACUUUCAGAGGACAGAAACCGGUCUUUAGUGGGAGCUAUAUUAUCAAAAGUUGUGCCUGCAACAAUUUCAACAAUAGCAUCGUUCUCUAAAAUGAUAUGGCGUAGCGAACAAACAUCCCCAAAGAAACGAGAAGCAAAGCCUCAACCAUUUGCUCGAGCUUCUCCUCUGACAUGUUUAAAGGAUCAUCCAAGAAAGGGUGAGAAGCUUACUUUAUCACCUAGUGGUACUUUGGCUGCAAUAACAGAUUCACUUGGUCGAAUCUUGCUUUUAGACACUCAGGCACGUGUGGUGGUGCGGUUAUGGAAGGGAUAUCGCGAUGCUAGCUGCUUAUUCAUGGAGAUGCUUGUCAAUAGAGAUAAUAAAGAAUCAACUUCUGCUUAUUAUGAAAAUGUGAAGAGUGAUUAUUGCCUAUGUCUAGCCAUUCAUGCACCUCGGAAAGGGAUAAUUGAGGUUUGGCAGAUGAGGACUGGACCUCGCCUUCUCACUAUUCCAUGCGCCAAAGGUAGCAAAAUACUGCAACCCCCUUACAAAUUCGGUUCAUCACUGGAGUCGUCUUCAUCGUAUGUACCAUUGGAAAUUUUCUUGCUGAAUGGUGACUCUGGUCAACUAUCAGUGCUAAACCGAUCUCUUAAUUGAUCUAUAUUCUCUCUUUGAACCAUCAUAUAUCUAAUUCUUGGUUUCCAUUUGGAAAACAUGAAAUUGAUCUGAAUUUCGAAGUUCAAAUAACUUGUGUCAUCAUCAAUAUAUGUCUUUUCAAGUUUUUGUA